GUUAGUCCAGUCCCUCCCUCGUCAACCUCCUCUCUCUCUCUCUCUCUCUCUGCAACAAGUGUUACGGAAAACGAUACAAGAGCUAAAUAAGGGUACUUUGGUUUUGGAUUAUUAAUGCUCUUCCAUCUCCUUCAUGGGUAUGGGGCCAUGGGCAUCUCUUCUUAUCUACAUCCCUUGAUGGAGGUUCUGAGUCUUAUGACUUAUGAGAGAAAAGUUUGAUUUGAGAACUUCUACUUCCGUCCUCAAUCUUAGGUUCUUCGCUACUGAAUCGUAAUCUAGAAAGGGUUUAAGGUUUCAGAGAUUCUAGUUUGGUUUUGAUUGAGAUAUGGGGAGUUCAGAGGAGAGGGUGGUAGCUGUCAUCAUGGUAGGCGGGCCGACUAAAGGUACUCGGUUUAGGCCACUGUCUUUGAACAUUCCAAAGCCUCUCUUCCCUUUGGCAGGACAGCCAAUGGUUCACCAUCCGAUUUCCGCCUGCAAAAAGAUCCCGAACUUGGUGCAAAUAUAUCUCGUUGGUUUUUACGAGGAGCGAGAAUUUGCCUUGUAUGUCUCCUCAAUCUCUAAUGAGCUCAAAGUCCCAGUCAGGUACUUGAAAGAAGAUAAACCACAUGGUUCAGCAGGAGGUCUUUACAACUUCAGAGAUCUAAUCAUGGAAGACAACCCGUCACAUAUCUUUUUGUUAAAUUGUGAUGUUUGCUGCAGUUUUCCUCUGCCAGAGAUGCUUGAGGCCCAUAGAAGAUAUGGUGGGAUGGGAACAAUCUUAGUAAUCAAGGUUUCUGCUGAAUCAGCCAACCAGUUUGGCGAGUUGGUUGCUGAUCCAGUCACCCAUGAACUGUUGCAUUACACAGAGAAACCUGAGACUUUUGUGAGUGAUCUAAUAAACUGUGGCGUGUACAUAUUUAUGCCAGAUAUUUUCGCUGCCAUUCAGGAUGUUUCCACACAACGGAAAGACAGAGCUAAUUUACGACGCGUAUCCAGCUUUGAAGCCCUCCAGUCAGCAACAAAGACCUUUCCAACAGAUUUUGUGAGAUUGGAUCAGGAUAUACUUUCCCCUCUUGCUGGAAAGAAGCAGCUAUAUACAUUCGAGACCCUGGAUUUUUGGGAACAGAUCAAGACUCCAGGAAUGUCCUUGAAAUGUUCUGCUUUGUAUCUUGCCCAAUUUCGAUUCACCUCUCCCCAUCUUUUAUCAAUUGGGAAUGGCACCAAGAGUGCUACCAUCAUGGGUGAUGUUUACAUUCACCCAUCAGCAAAAGUACAUCCAACUGCAAAGAUUGGUCCAAAUGUAUCAAUUUCUGCAAAUGCUCGAAUUGGAGCUGGGGCAAGGCUCAUCAGUUGCAUCAUCCUUGAUGAUGUCGAAAUAAAGGAGAAUGCUGUUGUCAUACAUUCAAUCGUCGGGUGGAAAUCAUCUAUUGGUAAAUGGUCCCGUGUGCAGGCUGAUGGAGACUAUAAUGCUAAACUUGGAAUAACCAUCCUAGGUGAAGCUGUGAUUGUUGAAGAUGAAGUUGUAGUAAUCAACAGCAUUGUUCUUCCGAAUAAGACACUCAAUGUCAGUGUGCAGGAGGAGAUCAUCCUAUAAUAAGGAAGAAGGCUUUACACAGAGCCUUGUUACCAUAGGAUGUAAUCCUCUUUUCCUCUAUAUAAAAAAUAAUAAUGCCUACUGUUAAGGUUCUUUUAGUUCUAAAUAUGAGAGAUGAUU